CGGCGUUCAGCGACUGCUCCAAGAGGGGAAAGAUGGUGGUCUAUAUGCUCGCAAGGAGGAUGGCAAGAUUUCUAAUGGCGGUGUGCCUCGUCUUUGCUGCUUUGUCAGCUGGUGUGUUUGGGGACAGCUUCACAGUGCUGAAAGCCCCCCAGUAUAUCACCUUCAAGGAGGGCCAAUGGCCUCUCUCUGCGGAACGGAUUCCUGACCUGGCAGCUCUGACCAUGGGCUUCUCUGUGGAGGAGGACCUGUCCUGGCCGGGCCUCCAGACGGGCAGUCUCUUCCAGCGUCCUCGGGCCAACGCGCUCAUUGUGGUCAGGGGAGUGGGCAGCCUGCCCCUGCCCCAGAGCCUUGCCUCUUACCCGGUGGAGAAUCCUGUCCCUUUCACCUUGGACAGCGUCGCCAACACAGUCCACACCCUCUUUGCGGAAGACACUCCUGUGGUCUUACAGCUGGCGCCCAGUGAAGAGAGGCUGUAUAUGGUGGGGAAGGCCAACGCCGUGUUUGAAGACCUCCCUGUCACUCUGCAGCAGAUCCGGGGGCGACUGUCACAGGACAAUUCCAUCCUCAACACCCUCCCCCCCAACUCACUGAGCAGGAACAAUGAGGUGGAUCUGCUUUUCCUCUCUGAGCUGCAAGUGCUGCAUGACAUCGCUGCCCUGCUCCUGAGACACAAGCACCUGGCGAAAGACCACUCCCCGGACCUGUAUUCCCUGGAGCUGUCCGGGCUGGAGGAGAUCAGCCGGCACUACGGCACAGAUUCCCAGCAGCUGAAGGAUGCCACGGAGAUCCUGGCCACCAUGCUGCAGAAGUUCGCCGACGACGUAUUCAGCAUCUACAGCGGCAAUGCGGUGGUGGAAGUGGCGACGCUGAAGAGCUUCGAGGCGCCCCUGGUGCGGAAGACCCGCUCCAUCCUGGAGUCCAAGCAGAUCAGCAAUCCAGGGAGCCCAUAUAAUCUGGCAUACAAGUACAACUUUGAGUACGCAGUCAUCUUCAACAUCGUCCUGUGGAUGAUGAUCGUACUUGCGCUGGCGGUCAUCAGCAUCUCGUACAGCCUGUGGAACAUGGAUCCAGGCUACGACAGCAUCAUCUACCGGAUGACUAACCAGAAGAUACGCUUGGAUUGAUUCCUCUUGAUGUGCAUUCCCCCUGAAUUCAUUCAAUUUUUGUUUCCCUUUCCAAGCUGCCUGAACUUCUAAGGUGUGGCCUUUUUUUUUCCAGACCAUCGAACUUCUCCAAUAACGAUUACUGAGAAUUGUUUCUUAGAAAUUGUUGGAGGGUAUACUGUACCUGCAGCCAGUAGGUUGUGGUAGUGCUUCAUUCCACUCAUCUUCAUUUGUUGUGUAUCUGCAGUUAAUUCAUCUUUCUGCUAGUAUUCCUCAUUAUGGAGCAAAAAGACUACUCUGAGGGCCAGCACCUUAAACACUAGGCUUGGUAUCAUUCCUCUGGCGGUGUUUCAAAAAUGGUUUUUCUUAGAAGUAGUAUCGUCCUGUGUUUAGUUUGGUUUUACUUGAUCUUCUUGGCACUGAGAAAAUAAGUAUAGUGCAGUACAAAAGUUGUCUGCUGUUUUCUUUCUUCCCCAAUGUUGUAAAUGUUUGUGCUGGGACACAUUGUACAUGUAUGAUUUAAUUUAACAGCGUUAUGUCUGUAUAUAUUGUGAAGAAGUGUAGACUGAUAAGAAUGCAUAAUAUUGUCUUAAUCUCUUUGUGCAUUUCUUUGUUCUUUCCUGGUAACCCAUUCCAGCAUUGAGAGAUUGUGAUGGCGAAAUGAAAUUGUUAGGUUAGCAACUCUUUUCAUUGUUGAGUAUAAAGUGUGCUGUGAACAAGCAAUGUGACUAAAGUUCAGAUCUUCCCUAAGUAAUGAGUUUUCUUUGUAACAAGUUUUAUUCAUUUUUAUUUCUUGGAGCAUCCUAGGUGUUACCACUGCCUUCAUUUAAAGAAGCCGCUUCUUUGUUUUGUACAGUUAAAAGUUAAACCUGUCCAGCAGAGGUACACUCCAUUUGGCACCCAUAAGGCGUAUUCCUGUUCUGAUAAAAUACUGGGAUCAAAUGAUCCUAACAUUGAGAAUAAACAAGGAUUGUUUUUGGCCCAUCUAACUUGCCAUACCCCGAAAAUGUUCUGUAAGUCAUCUGACUUCUUUGUGAAUUUUGAUAGUUCCUGAGGAUUUUUCACACAGCUGGAGGCAGAAUUCAAUUUUUUUAAUGUUAUAUAAAAAGAUUACACUUGUGUUCCUUUGUAGACACCCAUAAAUGGGUGCAAACAUGCAAAAAGGGAAAAAAAUAAGGUUAGCUACAAAUAACUCAACAAAUUGUUUGCUGCCAUGAAAAACAUUAAACAUGUCCAAUAAUAAAUUACUGUCCAUGUA